UCCCAGAUUCCAACGCAGAGAGGAGAGCCUGGAAGGCGCCCUGCUCAGCUUCGGGUAGCAGCGCAGGCCUUGGCGUGACCAAGACUGGCAGGCCUUUAAAGGCGCAGCCACCACCACAGAGCUUGUCGUCAGUCCCACUCGGACCCACGGUUUGCAAUGAUUCCUCUGGUGCAGGCUCCGCACCUGAUCGCCCUGGGCUUGCUUCUCGCCGGCCCUGCAACCCAUGCACUCGUCCUGAAACAGCUCAGUAGCUUUUCCUGGGACAACUGUGAUGAGGGGAAGGACCCUGCAGUGAUCAAAAGCCUGACCCUAGAACCUGACCCCAUUACCAUUCCCGGGAAGGUGACUGUCAGUGUGGAGGCCAAGACCAGCGUCCCCCUUGCUGCUCCUCAGAAGGUGGAAUUAACUGUGGAGAAGGAAGUGGCUGGCAUCUGGAUCAAAAUCCCAUGUGUUGACCAAAUUGGCAGCUGUACCUACAAAGAUAUCUGUGAUAUACUUGACAACUUUAUUCCCCCUGGGGAGCCGUGUCCAGAGCCCCUGCGCACCUAUGGGCUUCCCUGCCACUGUCCCGUCAAAGAAGGCACCUAUUCACUGCCCAAGAGUGAUUUCACCCUGCCCGUCCCGGAGUUGCCCAGCUGGCUCACCAGUGGGAACUAUCGCAUCGAGAGCGUCCUGAGCAGCAAUGGGAAGCGUCUGGGCUGUGUCAAGAUUGCUGCCUCUCUGCAAGGCAAAUAAUGUGGCAUAAGGCACGGCAGACAGAGGGGUAUGAGGGACACAUCCUCUCCCCCUUGUCUUGGGUUUGCCAAGGCCAAACCCCGUCUCUCUGUCCUGCUGAAUGCCCCUUUCUACAGUGAUGCCACUACCCUCGCUCAACAUCUUGCGUGCCACCUGCGUUUUCAAUGUGCACAAGCAGCCCGGCCUAGGGAAGGGUGAGCUUGGUGGGUCCUGAUACCCCAGGACAUCUUCCAAGCCAGCCGCUGCUUUUUCCUCUUGACUCUGUGGCUUUCUCUUUAAGAGUUUAACUCAUUUUCUGUAGUCAAGGAAUGGGACCAACAUGUUUUGUGAUUCCCAAGUUCAGACUGACCUAAUCUUGGUCUCCUGAAGGACUUCAUGAUUUUCUCAUAUUUUUUUUUGGUCACUGACUUAAAAGCAGAAUGAAAAUAUUAACCUUUUGAUUUUACUCCAGCUCUCUUACAAUGAAGAGUCUGAAGUAGUUGAGUCCUCCAUUAACUUCUAUGAUUAACUUAGUAUUCUUCUCUAGAAUUGCCCAGUUAACAUCACCAUAGAGCCUUCUUAGAGAUGUCCUGGAGAGCCAGGGCGUGUGGUAGGGGGCUUCACUGGGAGAGAGCUCCAAGAAGGCCCUGUAUGUUUGAGCUAGAUUACAAGCUCAGGCGCCUGCGCGGCCCAGCCCCAGACCGGGGAGCAGAGGUCACCCCACAGGAGCAUGUUGCUUCCUGGCAUAUCUUCCCUUUUUUCUUUUUAUAACAGCACCUAUGUGUUGAUAUGAGGCAGCUGAUGCCUAGUCUCGAAUUGGAGAUAUAAUCAGGGAUGGUGGGCACUGGGGCAAGUUGGAAAUAGCCAGUUACGUUAUGGGCCCAGUAUUGCCAAAUAUUCUCACAAUUUUUCCCUAGAGAAACCAGAAAUCCAGACUUUUUAUGAAAUCUUACAAUUUUUAAAUAGUAGCAAAGAAUUAUUUUUUAAAACAACUGAUAAGGCCAAAAGGGCCAAACAGACUUGGCAGUAGAGAAAUCUGGCUCAAGGGCAGCCGGUUGGCACCCUCGGUUAGAAGGACAUGCAUGUUUUGUCCGUUCAGUCCCGAGACAACCGUGGCACUGUUUUUCCUCCCAAAGCGCCAAAUCCACAGCGUCUGACCCGAGCGCAGGCACUUCAGUGCUGGGGCGGGUGGAGGCAGCCCCUCCGAGCUGUGAGCUCAGGGGGUCACCCGGCUGCUCGCCCCAGCCUGGGGUGCCGCAGAGUGCAUGGGGCAGAGCUGCAGAGGUGGCCCCACCAGCAGCUGCUCUGUGGAGCAGGGAUCCAGUGAGGAAAGGUGGACUCAUGUCAGGUGCCUGGGUUUGUCCAUCGUGCUGUCCUCUAUGACGACUUACUGACCCACGGACCAGCCCCAGGCUUCUGGCCUCAUUUCCUAGAAUGGCAAUAAAUCUUUAUAACUUGCUAA